GCCAGUUUGCUCAUAGAGAGCAUUGAGAUCGCGCGCGCUUCUUGAGUUCUCCAAGAAAAAUUCGACGACGACGACGAAGGCGACGAGGGUCGAAUUUCCCUCCGUACGGACCAUAAGUACAGAAAGAAAAAUCCUGUGCUAGUUCCCCGAAUAGGUUAUUCGUGACGUGUGAUACCAUUCAGUGAAAGUUGCACUUCAUAGAUACCAUUAUGAUAAAGUUCUCAAUCAGUACCACAAAAAACAAGAUAAGCUAGGCCGUGUUAUCACCAUCAUCUAUCAUUACGCGUGCCGCGGUGUUUUCUCCCACCUUCUAUCGAUGAGGGUGAAUGUAAUUAAGUGAACCCGCGUGAAACCCAUAAAAAAGGGGGCAGAAGAGGGAGUAGUAAAACACAACGCACGGUGCGUCACAUUCCUCUAAAAAUGCUGAAUGAAAGACAGCAAAAGUGUUUGUAAACAACAAGAAAGGGGGAAACAAGUGUCGAGUGAAUAGAAGCGUAAAACAUCUUAACAGUGGUGAGUGAUUUAGCUGGAAGGCCUCUCACCGAUCGGAGAGGAGCAAAAAAAAACAAAAAUCUCCACUAAAGUCAAUGAAAAAGCAAUUUCGGAAAAUUAGCCCCCAUUAAUUUAAAGUGAUGGUGAGAGGAUCCCCGACGUUCCGUGACCCAACGCGCUCCCUGUAGAUUGGCUCUAGACGGCGCGCGAAAGCCACUACAACUCACCGCGAACGCCGAGUGUCGAUUCAUUGAUCAUUCUGGCUGAAGUGCUACCGAAAUUCGUCGUUCAGUGUUAAAUGAAAAUUGGUGCAAUUUCGAAAUCAUCAGGUGUAUUCGACCAAGACUGGCCAAGUCAACACAACCCGUGCCGCAGAUAUUUGUCAAUUCGUUCGCCGCCGCGUCCCCGCUCAACUCUCGCAUAGCCUCAAACUCCGACCACAAUUAAAGUCCUAAGGUUCCCGUCCAGUAGCUGUUCGUCAUUCGCAAAAUUUUACAUUAACCAGAAUUUGCGGCAGCAUAGAAGAGUGGAGCGUAAAUGCCCUUUACAGCAUCCAUCGUCACUCGACGCGGCGCAGUCAGCAGCAUAAAGAAAGUUUUAAAGUUUUAAUUAAGCUGCAUAAUUGCAUUUGGUGUUUGGAUUUGCAACUCGCCGCUUUCCACGGACGCCGCUGAUUUUCGAGCUCAAGUAGUCGACUGUGGUAUGCCACCCACUGUCACACCCACUCCGGUUCAUAAGCUGUGUGAAAGUGAAAGAAAAAUCGAGAAAAUAAAAAUACCAUCCAAUCGACCGUAUCGCGAAAACAACAUCAACAGCCCCCAAGCAAUGCAAUUCGUUCGAGCGUAGAAACGUGACCCAACACCAGGCUGCACUGCUGGGAAGAAUCGAGCUGACGAACGCCUCCGUCCUGUAUCCAAGCGAUACGUGAUUUCCUGCUGAAUAUCCCGGGCGAUCUCAAAAGAUCCAAGCUACGAAAUCUGAAUAUAAAUACCUUCCGGGGGGAUGCUUGCAAGUGCUACGGUAACGAACGGAAGCCGUUCAGUUAAUUAAUAAAGCAAUUUAUUCCAAUUUAUCGUCUAUCAUCAGUGAGAAAAUCGUUCUGAAAUAAGAUGAAUCGAUAACCGGUGGUGGGAGAUGUGAAAGUUUAUUCGAAAAAAAAGUUGCUGCUCGCGCAAUCCGAAAGAAGUUAAAGCGAAAAGUUCGGAGUCAAAACGGCUAUAAAAAUUCUCGCUGUAGUGAAAUGUCAGAAGAAUAUAUUUUAUGAAUGAUCAUUAUGAUAAAAACGAUAUUGGAGAAAAUUAAGUGAGGAAGAAAAAAUUCUGUAUGCGUAGCAGUUAUGUGACAAAAAUCGUUCUAAGCUGAAUGUAAUAUUCUUGUGUGACAAAAAAAAAUCAUAACUGUGCAUAUUAGUUUUAUUUAUUCAUCUCACGACUAGCUAUAAAAUCGAUCGGAAUCGUUUGCAAUUAGUGCGUAGUGAAGAUGGCCGAUUCGAGCUCCAGUGACGAAGAACUAGCUCAGGCGGCAGCCACAGCAUCGUCCUCUUCGGGGGCUCUGAAAACCGUCCAAUACAGAAGACAGGAGACGACGGCCCAGUGCCACGAGUGUUACGGGGACUGUGGGGAUUGUGUUGUUUGUGGCAAGGAUACCGUACACAAAUGUCACUCCGAUCCACUGAGUGGCAGAAUGACGACCGGAAAGAAUCUCUUAACCCGCUCCUUGAGAUAUCCACCCGGCACCGCCACCAGAAAGUGUGUGCUCACUCUCGACGGGUAUUCGUAUGUUAUUGUGGCAAGCUCGCCCGAGAACAAAUUUACCAAAGAUGAUCUAGCAGUUGCCCCACGUGAACAAUCGUUGCCUUGUCACGACGCCACGUGUCAAGGUUCUACUACGAAUUACGGUGCUUGCUCAUCGUCCUCGAACUCGGCUGGUGCGGGAUCACAGUCUCUGCAGCGACAACAGCAGUCGACCGAGCAACAACUUUCCCUAAAACAUCACCAUCAACAGCAACAACCGAGGCCUUCGACGGGCUCAAAUUGCCAUCCACAUCAUCACCACCAUCAUCACCAUCAUCACCAUCCCCACCAUUAUCACCAACCGACAACGCCCGGGUCAUCAUCCUUCGGGGACUGCUCACGUAAUGGACAAAUUGCAAAGCAAGGCAGCCUGACGAUCGUCAGACGCACCAACAGUAAGAAAAAUACGCACAUACUUCAACAAACUCAGUUCCAACAGUCGGAGCCUCUCGACUCUGACGCUGACUACCAAAACCAGCAGCAGGAGGGGGACGAUUUCCAGCAGCCCCUGACGGAGAGUGAGCUCGCAUACGUCAACAGCCAGCUCAGCCGGGAGCUCGAGAGCAUGCAACCUACGGACGGAUCCGGGCCCGAGUCCCCGCCGUCUAGCGCCGUGGUCGUCGCGAACCGUUCCAUUCCACUCACCGGCGAUGAGUUGGACAGUGUUGACUUGGCCACAGACAAUCUACCAGCGGUCGAUACACCAGAUGCAUGUGAUAAAGCCGCGCUAAGACUUCGUUGUCUGCUGCGGCAACUGCAGCGCGGUGAAAUAUCCGCCGAACUGCUACAGAAAAAUCUUCAUUACGCUGCGCGCGUACUUGAAGCCGUUUUCAUCGACGAGACAAACCAAGAUGAUGGCGGCGGAGGUGGUGGUGGUGCUAACAAUGGGAACAACGGUAGCGGCGGUGGUGGUAAAAUUAACAGUAGCAACGUCAAUGCUGUGGGAGACAAUAGCAAUGUCAGCAGUGCCGCCAGCAAGGAACCCAGACGGGGCGUAACGACAUCAGCCCCGCCUACUCACAGUGGCCCCACGGGACCACCGAUAGGAAAAACCGUCAUACAGCGGCGAAAACUACGUGCACCAGUCUGGGCCAGGCGCCUAGCUGACGAAGACGAUGAACUAUCCGAAGUGCAACCCGAUGCCGUUCCGCCGGAGGUCCGGGAAUGGUUAGCGUCGACAUUCACCCGCCAGCUUGCCACCACCCGGAAGCGAUCCGAUGAGAAGCCUAAAUUCCGCUCGGUGGCCCACGCCAUCCGGGCCGGAAUCUUUGUCGAUCGGAUCUAUCGGCGCAUUUCCAGCACCGCGCUGAUGCAGUUUCCGCCCGAGGUGGUCAAGGUGUUAAAGUGUUUGGACGACUGGUCUUUUGACGUGUUUGCGCUGGCUGAGGCUGGCAGCUGCCAGCCGGUGAAAUACAUCGGCUAUGACCUACUGAACCGCUACGGUAGCAUCCACAAGUUCAAGAUACCCCCAGCCACGCUGGAAACGUUCCUAUCGCGCAUCGAGGAAGGCUACUGUCGUUUCCGCAAUCCGUACCAUAACAAUCUGCAUGCCGCCGAUGUCGCACAAACCGUACAUCACAUCCUAUGCCAGACGGGAAUGAUGCACUGGCUGACCGAUCUGGAGAUCUUCGCCACAUUGCUAGCGGCCUUAAUACACGACUACGAGCACACGGGGACGACCAAUAACUUUCAUGUGAUGUCCGGAUCGGAGACAGCGAUGCUGUACAACGAUCGGGCCGUGUUGGAGAACCAUCACAUCAGUGCAGCGUUUCGGGUGCUGAAAGAGGACGACUGCAACGUGCUGCAGAAUCUCUCCAAGGAGGAGUUUCGCGAGCUGCGGUCGCUGAUCAUUGACAUGGUACUCGCGACCGAUAUGUCCUUCCACUUUCAGCAGCUGAAAAACAUGCGCAACCUGCUAACGCUGGCCGAGCCGCAGGUGGACAAGUCCAAGGCGCUCUCGCUGGUGCUGCACUGUUGUGAUAUUUCUCAUCCGGCCAAACGGUGGGACAUCCAUCACAAGUGGACAAUGCUACUGCUCGAGGAGUUCUUCCGGCAGGGCGAUCUCGAGCAGGAACUCGGGCUGCCCUUCAGUCCGCUGUGCGAUCGUAACAACACGCUGGUGGCGGAGUCGCAGAUCGGUUUUAUCGAAUUUAUCGUCGAGCCGAGCAUGGCUGUGUGUGCCGAUAUGUUAGAGAUAGUCUUAGCACCGAUAGCACCAAUCGCAAUGAAUAGUAGUAAUAGCAAGAACAACAAUAACAAUAAUACUAGCGUUAAAGGAAACAAUACUCUAAGCGUACCGAACAGUAACAACAACAUCAACAACAACAACAACAAUACUAGCAAUGAAGCAAUAACCAACAGCGGAAGCGGGGGUGGUGGUACCGGGGGAGGCGGAGAACAGCCAGCAGCUGCCAGCGAUAAACCGAAGCCCAAGCCGGACGUCAAGAACGGAGCCAAACCGGAUCGGUUCGAGAUCAAGAAGCCCUGGAUUAUCUGUCUGGCGGAGAAUAAGAAGAUCUGGAAGGAGCAGGCUCAAAGAGACGCGGAGGCACGAGCGGCAACCGCUGCAGCUGCGGAAGCAGCCGCCAAUGCUGAGGAGCAAACGACAGUGGACGGAAGCGCCCCGGAGGCGACCCAGGAGUCCCAAGAAGAGUCAACCGACAAGGAGUAGAUUGCUUUCCGCAAGGCGCAAGGCGUGGAACGUUGGACGGGAAACAUAAGAACCCCAACCCCAAAAGUGUAGGCGUAAUUUUAGAUGUCAUUUUGUGCGUGCGCGCGAGAGAAUCAAGUUGUAGCCAUUGCCGCCAUCAUCACACAAUAUCUGUUUCCUCUGUAGUGAUGUAACAGUGAUGUAAAGAAAAAAAUCACACAUAGAGUUUAAAAUCAGCAUAAUUCAUAGCGACACACACAAGAGAAAAAAAAUCUAGGAAUCACACUCACACACACAUAAUGCGAUAGAUGUCAUUAGGAGUGAAAUCAGCUGAACAAGAGUCUAAUAGUUCUAAGCAAAAGAGUCAAACAUUGAGAAAGUAUUUACAAACCCUAACCAUACAGCUACACAUUCGAUGAACACACCAGAUCCAUAUAUAUAGAGAGAGAAUCACAAUGCAGAAAAAAAACAUAUAUACUUGUAGAACACUACUGAACGUGAGCAUGACAAAGUAAUCUAUUUUUAUCAGACACUAAGCAAUUUCGAUUACUGAUUUUUUGUACACCAAACUGUAGCGAAUGAUUUCCGCUCUCUUUUGUUGGGACAGCUGCUUCCAUUCAAUCUGAAUCUGUAGCAAGAAAAAAAUAAUAAUAAAGCUAACGAUACAAUCAAAUAUUUAUAUGAGCUAAAUUCCUCAGAAUUCUCCAACUGAAAACGCGAGGAAUAAACUAAUGUUUAGAAGAGAUAAUUUUAAUAAAAAUGAACAAACAACAUGCACACACAUACAGGAGCAAAAGAAAAAUAUCGGAUACAAUCUGAUGCAAAGCUGAUACCAAUGCGUUUCCUUUCCCACCCGAUUGAAAAUCACUCCAACCCAACAACAACCCUACCCCUAGAACCCUGUAUUCAUUCCUAGUCGAAGCUGUGUGUUAAUCUCAACUCGGCCGCUCUGUGUUUUGUUUUGUUUCGUUCGUGAAUUCACCUUAAUUAACUUUUAUCCUCCGCCGAUACUAAGCAAUCAGGAAAUCAGAAAGCUGGGCGGCUCUAAUUGGAGAACCAGAGCCAGACAAAAGGCGUUAGCUAGCUACCCUUUUCGGAGCUCGCUGUACCCUCGGCGGUGUUGUUGGACCCAACAACAACAGCUGUUGUUUCGUAUUAGAAAGCAAGGGAACCCGGAAGCCGGCGGGAGGCUCGGUGAUGGGAAGAUAAUGAGCUUCUUCGGCCCCGACCAGUUAUUAUAUAGCAAAACACUCUUGACGUGGAGAGUUCGCUAUCGAAGGUCGGGGUGGGAGGAGGACGAUUGUUCUGCGUAAUCCGAGUUUAAUUGCGACGACCCCGGGAUGCUUUCAGGACGUACGGUUUCUGGCUGGGGCGAUAUCUCUUAUGGAGAGGGGGAUUAUUUCAUAAGACAUAAUUCUGUAGCUCUAGCGACUGUAGCUUAUAAACGAAGCGGACAAACGAAGGAUUGUUAUUUGUCGACCCGAAACGGCAAUCAUGAGUAAUGUUUAAUUUCGGAGUGCUUUUAAUUUACAAAUGUCAAUAUAUGUUCAGUCUUUUACGUGCUGCACAUGGUACAACUUGUGCGGUUAUCAAUUUUCACGAAGCCAGAACUCAGAUAAAAAAUAUAUGAUCGAGAAUUCUUGAAUAGACGAUUGUUCUCUGGUAACGGAAAACAUGCAAUUCUGAAUUUCAGGAUAGCCGCCUCAACUUUGAUUUAAUUUUUGCUGGUCAUGUUCUGCGGAAAGUAGAUUUGCUCGUGUGCAUCAAUGGGAUAAGUCGAUAACAACAAAAUUCCACUUGAGCAAUAGAUGAAGUCCUCCUUCACUUGGUUUUCAUCUAGAUGAGGAAAACACAUUUACGUAUUUAUUAUCCGCAAAUAAUGCUUGAAACAUUUAGAAUCCGAAAUCACAAAACCAGUUGUAUCUCAGGAUUAGUUAAAGGUACAAACGAUGCAGGUAAUUCAUUGUUUUUUCAAAAAAAAAAUCUAUAAAAUUAUUUCGUUACUGCUUUGAUCAAUUUUGGUUUUUUUUUUGGGUACCUUCCAUCAAAGUGUGAACUCUCUGUUGGUCAACCUCCGCGGCCAUUUCAAUCCACGAUCUCUUAAUGUCUGAAGCAUCCCGAGUCACCGAGUUUGGCACCCUUCUUCAACUUCCGUUUAACAAAUGUCCAUUUUCUUAUUGGGCGGAAUUGAGGGCAAUUGAGAGGAUUGAGAUCUUUUUCAAUGUAAUCGACCCGUCACGGUACCACCGAAGCACCUCUCGAUUGUAGUGGCACCUCGCCAAAUAUGACCAAAAUUUCACCUUUGUGAGCCCUCAUAAACGAAGGGAGACGUUCCUGGAGGCACUCUUCCCAAUGCAUUUUUCGAGGCCAUUAUUUGUUUGUGACGAGAGUCUUGGUUUUCUGUCCACAACUGCAAAUCCCUUGCCAAAUCAAGAACUUCCGUUUUCCAAACAAUUUGCUGUGAAAAGAUUUCAGAUACGUCUACUACGACCGCUGCUAUAAAAUGAACAGUGAUUCCGGAUUCUGAAUGUUUCAAGCCUUAGAUGAACCAUCCAUUCGUAGUACAAUAGAAUCCUGAUUAUUCGCGAGCGGAUGAUCUGCGGUGCGGAUUAUUCAUCAAUUUUAGUCCUAUCUUGGGUUACCGCGAUUUUCGUUAUCCGUGGUGAUCUUGCCCGACUAUUUCGCGGAUUAUUGGGGUUUUACUGUAUUCCAAUGAUGAGUUCCAAGGCCUGGGUAAAUUCUAUUAAUGUCCUACUAAAUGUGCGAAUCAAAUCAUGCUUUCAAUUUGUGCAAUACCAUCAAUUCUAUCGAUCUCUGAGAUUUUGUGGGUAUUGGUUAACAAAUUCUGAAAUGACUGUCUUUUUUUUAACGUCGGUUGAUAAACAGAUGUUUGUCUUACCAGAAAUUUAAGAAGAGAUUUCAUGAGACGUUUCUUGUUGAACAAUCAUAAUUCAUUUGCCUACAAUUUUUGUUUGGAAGGAUGGAUUGCUUAUUCUUAGAUUUUUGAGGCGAUCAGUUUGUGCUGAAUCUGUCCAGAAGUUAGAAACCCACAAUUAAAGGCAAUCUUUUUGAUUAAAUUCGCACUGAAUUCUGUCUUAGCUCAUCUGUAGUCAGCUUCUCAAACUUCUUUCUCCUCGAGUCACUCUUGAUGAGACCAAUUUUCCAACAGGCACACCAUAUAUUCGUUCUCUUGGCAACAAUAAGCGCAGUUUGUGAUUCCAAUCCAUUGGAAAGUUACAGAGCUACGUUGGUACUGCGUAUGAAUCACUCCUUCAACAUCUGCCAUCUAAUAAAUACGUUUUUUUUCACUUCGGAUGAUAAAUAUUUGUUUUAAUAAUUUGUUUUUACAGAUUUUCAGUUUCCUGGGGUGGUUUUUCUCUGUAUAAACGGUCAUUUAUAAUGUCGCAAGAUGAAAUUACAAAACGUUUUAGAAAAAUAAAUUUUGUGAAAUAAUUCGGCAUCUUUCAAAUAACAAAAGAAUGCUCCAACUCUCGACGGAUCGGAUGUCCCGUACACUUCCGCUGAUCCCGAACAUGUUUCUCACGCUAUUCGUGCUUCGGACAGACGCACAAGAAGUGUUCGACGGAGCUGAUGAAACCGUGUGAAAACGAACAUCGUCCAGCUCUUAGUCACGUCCCCUGCAACCAACUCCAGCAAACCGGUCGGCCACAUCGUUACCUGCAAUGGCAUUUCGUCCAGGUAUCCACAUGAGGACAGUGUCAGGCAACAGGUACUUCCGCUUGUACCCAUGGGUGUCUGAACUUGGCUGCACCGAUGACGCCGAUGGCACUGGUCGAGUCGGAAACGACUAGUAGCGACUAAGGGAUCUUAGCUGCCACGUAGAUUCCGGCUACUUCAGAUAUCGAUGUCGACAAGCCCAUUGCUGCAAGUUAGUCUGUUGUUGCUGUCAUUUAUCUUGCAACCAAGACCCGAUGAUCCCUUAGAGUCGAUCUUAUCUCAUUGAAACAGUAUUCUCCAGCUGUCACUGCGAUGAAAAUCUGUUGCAAGCCUAUCGAGCUCGCUCCAGCUCGCAAGUUGUUUGCCAUAACGCUUUCCGCUCGAACAGUUGGGAACCUUCAAUCAUUCACCCCAAACCAGAUUUGUUUUAUCAUCGUGGGGAGGUUGAAACGUGACACCCGCUGCACCCGCUGUUAAUAAGCACAGUCAGGUGAGUUUCUUCACAACUACUGGUUUUUGCAAGAAAGCUUACCGUCUUGGAUACGAUCGCCAAAUCGAUGAGUAUGUCGGUAGAGAGUUCCCCCCACUUCAGCGCACACAGAGACUGCUGGCGUGUAUGGCAGUAAAUCGGGGACAAUUCGUAGUUGUAAAUUCCAGUGUUUUCAUAUUUUCUCCGUGUUCUCUCGGGUCAAACACGUCAGUUCAGGCCGUUGUUGAUAACCGCUUUGGACACCCUUAGAUGUUUCUUCUUUUUGUUGGUCCGAUGGGGUUUCGAAAUUGUUUCAAUCAAGUAUAACGGGGUGGUUCUGUUCUUUCCCACAUUCCCCAAGUGGCGGUGGAAGCUAAGCUUGUGACGAUAAGAAGUCUUGAGGUACCCCGUAUCUCCGUGAAAACUUCUGGAGCUAGUGUUUCUUAUUUCGACAUCGAAGGUCCGUCUUGUGACGAUGUUGUUGAUAAAGUAUAAUAACUUACCCCCUUACAAUCCAAUCUGCCAACGUUUUCAGAUCUAACGGGAUCCACGUACAAUCAAUUAUAUGGCUUUUCCAGGUUCAGAGCUGCCAUCUCAACGUGCUUUCCAAGGGUUGCAAAGUAUGAGUAGGUGCCCAUACCCGGCCGGAAGGCAAACUACCUGUAUUCCUAUUUUCUGUUUUCGGACAGAAAGGUGACCAUACGUCUGUUCGCUAUCCUCUCCAGAGUCUUGGAUAUACAGGAGACCUUGGCCGGUAGUCUUUAACGGCUCUGGCCGAUUUUAGGUAUGGAUAUGGCGAUGCUAUAUCUCCAACCCCAAGGGUAUUUGUGCUUUAAACGGAAGUCGUAGGAGCCGUUGAGGAGAUUGUUCUAGCAGAGACAUCUGUUUGAACAUUUUGUAGCCAAUACUAUCGGAACCAGUGAACUAUCUCUUGACGGAACGCAGGAUGACGAAAAGUUCAUCGAUAGAGAGAUUUUUCAUUUUCAUUUGAAACAAAAAAUCUAACUUUCUUAUCUUUAUAGAUAGAGGUAAACAUAGUUCGACAAUAUUAUUGUCCCAGUUAUUUGAGACAUCUUUGUAGAACAAAGUUUUUUUCUAUCUCUUGAAAUAACCGAUAUAGUGCCUUUCUCUGAAUUAUUUCUUCCCAAAAAAUACGCUCUCUUCAAUUGCUUGCCAUUCUUUCUGGGGCAGACAUAAAAAAUGUUUGUUGACGGAAUUUGAAAGAACAAAUUUCACUCUAUAUAAUAUGUGAUUUUCAAAAUAUGUUAUUUUUUGUAUUUGAGUGAAUUCAGUUUUGGGUGAAACCCCAUCAAAAACUUUGAGUAGGAUUAAGAUAUUGACGAAUUCUGCAUCGCGAAAUGUUGGUAUUGAUAAGCUAUAAAAGUCGUACGAAGACAAUUUUUAAGUAGAAUUUUAAAUAUAAAAGUUAGAGUAAAAUAACCGUUUUUUUCAUGGUUACCCUAAUGCAACUUAGUUAAAAAACAACUUUGUGGGAGAUAUUUAUCCUUUAGACAAAAACUGUCUUCGGCAAAGUUGUUACAUAUGAUAGAGCCCUCAUUUUUAUGUUAUCAAAAAUAAGGUGACCAAAAUUGUCGAUGAAAUAAAAAAUCUAACUUUCUUAUAUUUAUAAAUAGAGAUAAACAAAGUUCGACAAUUUUAUUAAUUUUGUAAAACGAAACUUUUUUCUAUCUUUGAAUAUAAUCGAUUUAGCGCUUUUCUCCUAGGUUGCAUUUGAGUGACCAUGAAAAAGCGACGUUUAUUGCUCUAACUUUUAUAUUUCAAAUUCUACAUCAAAACUGUCUUCAUACGACUUUUCGAGCUUAUCAAGACCAAUAUUUUGCGGUGCAGAACUUGUCAAUAUCUUAAUUCUUCUCAAAGUUAUUAAUGGUUUUUUGCCCAAAAACCCAUGAUUUCAAUUUUAAUUUACUCAAACACGAAAAAUAACAUAGUUUUAAAAAUCACAUAUUAUGUAGAGUGAACUCUGUUCUUUCAGAUCCCGUCAACAAACUUGAUUUACGUUUGCCCAAGAAAAAUACGCUCUCUGCAAUUGCUAGAGCGUAUUUUUUGGAAAGAAAUAUCAAUAACUUUGAGUGAAAUUGAGAUAUUGAGAAGUUCUGCAUCGCAAAAUGUUUGUAUCAGUAUGUUCUAAAAGCCUUUCGAAGAAAGUUUGUAUGUAGAAUUUGAAAUAUAAAAUUUAGAGCAAAAAACAGUUUUUUUAAUGGUGACCCCAACGCAAAUUAGGCAAAAGGCACUAUAUCGGUUAUUUCAAAUAAAUAACUGGGACUACAACAUUGCCAAACUAUGUUUACUUCUAUCUAUAGAGAUAAGAAAGUUAGAUUUUUUAUUCCAUCGAAAACGUUGGUCACUCUAUUUUUGGCAACAUGAAAAUGAGCGCUCUAUCAUAUUUAACAAAUUUGUCGAAGGCAGUUUUUGUCUAGAGAAUAACUGUCGAGCUCUAAAUGCUAAUUUCCACUUAAACGCAUCUCCUGGACCAUUGUGCAAUCGUUUUUUUUCAACAGAGCACGGUUCAAUACGAUGAAUCGGUUUUAUUAACGUUCACGUUCCUCGUUCCUCACAUCAAACCACCACUUUGGAACUUUUUGAACCCCACAUAACAUUGCGAUUUGCCGAAAGCAAUUUGUUGCAAAAAAAAAUCAAAGAUGUCCGCAGCAGAUCAUAUUUCGUAGACACAAAAUCUACAAUGUUUAACACAAAAAAAAAGUUUAUGACUGCAUAAAACUUCUGAUAUUUUGAAUUGGAUAUUGUUUUUAUAUUUUUUGUAUCCCAUUUGUUUAUUUGUUUUAGGCUCAUUAGCAUUUUAGCUGUAACAGAGCCGGAUUUUAAUCGUGUACAUGCUACAUGUUCUAUCGUAUCUACAAAUUGUGCAUUACAAAGUAGCCAUUUUCAGGCGUAAGAGUAUUCCAUUGUUCAGUUAGACCACCGGACAGCGGAGACAGUUCAUAUGAUCAUUGUUGUGUUAUUUAUAGCACAAUGGCCCGAUGUUUCAUGCAGAGCAGAGCAGAGUAUGGAUGAAUCGAUCUCCAUUCGACCAUGGAUGGAUCUCCAUCACUGAUGAUUGUUGCGUGGAGGUAGUUAUUCUAUUACAACACAAAGAUGGUCAUUGAGGGCCCUGAGUUUUGAGCUCACGAACGAUCGCAUAGUAAGCGAACUCGCAAUCAAUGUGGCUACAAAGAUCCCCUGGAUAUGACAGAUGUCAGAAACAGAUAUAAAUGUUAAUUUUUGGGUUCAUAUUUCAUAUCUAUAUACCUGGUAACCUCCUAAGCCAAGAUUAACUUCCAAAGUAUCGCAUUCAUUUGACCCCAAUAUGUCUCACUCCUCCACUAAAAUCCAUUAUCUCCCGAACCAAUUUUACCACAAGCUAAAUUACUGCGUCACGACACAAAAACAAAACAUUUUAACUCGUCAAAACGUACUAUCGAUCGAGGAUCUCAGACUACUGAAUUUUUUGGCCAGAACAUAGGGAACAACUCUCACUAGAAUAAAAAAAUUAAAGCAAAAAAAACAGAGAUCAACUUAAAAAAAAAACUGGGGAAGCUCAAGUGUUAGGAAGUUAGCUUUAGGAAGGAAGCUUUAGGAAGCGCCAGUUAUCGUGUAGGAUCAAAAUGCUCCAACCAAACCGAAAGUUCCCCAUACGAGUAUAAAAUGGAAAGAUGAACCCAUUCUCAAACCGCCCUUUUUGGUCAUUGCGACAAGAUUCUAUUUAUACGAGCUGCACACUUUAUACAUAAAGAACAACUUUCCUAUCCCCCUUCUGUGACAAAAAAAAACUUUGAUUUUAGCAACAUAAAUAAAACUGCUGGCGGAACGAACCAUACUCUAUCUUGCUGAAAAAAAUAUAUUCUGCAUAUAAAAUUUAAAAAUAACUUUGAUCGAACACACUGACUUUAAAGGCCUUCAAUAUAAUGAAAACAAAAAAAUACUAUAAAUACCGUUGCUCUUUUCUACUAUCGUUUAAAGACUUGUUACCGUUUUCCAGUACCUUUUAAUGAAAAUUAAAAACUAUAUUGUUACUCUUGAAAAUCUUCUACUCGAACUAAAUCGCAUCUAAAAUCUUGGAAUUGAUUAAAAACACACUAUCAAAGGAAUUGCUGAAUGAACAGGAAGUGACAUAUUGUGAGACAUCGUUGAAAUUGAAUCCAAAAUUAUCACACUGUCCUCUUUCGUAUCUAUUAGACUUCAAAGAAAUUCUUUAUAUGGCAUAACAAAGAAAAAGUGCAAGAAAGGAGAAAACAGAAAUAAACAUAGCUGCACAAAAACGUUAGGGGAAGGAAUAGCUAUUCUAGUGGAAUGUAAAACGAGUCUAGUUGAGUUUUUGUUUCUUAGUUUCUAAGUUUUCAUAAUUUAUUAAACGACUAGAAAUAAUAAUAAAGGAUUAACCUAGUACUAAACCGUGUAUUCGACUGAGAUGUGUGGUUAACGGUUAACCCUUUCCCGUACAACCUGGAGUCUCACUCGUGGUGUACUUGGGCAACAUAGGGCGCUAGAACGCUCAGCAGAGUAGUGAAAUCACUUGAUGUGUGACCAAGUAUGGAAAAGUUCAUUCGCUCAUUUCUCCACGCCUAAUUAUAAAUCGCUCUUGUAUCUGCUUGGAAUAAUCAUGGCGAAAAGAAUGCAGCAAGCAAUCGUGAGAUUGCACGAUGAAUCAUUUUUCACUCUCCGACCAUCUUCAUUCGGGACUCACAGUGAACAUAACAAAGCAAAGAGUAGAAAAAAAACACUCAAUGAAUGAAUACUCCUUUGGAAGGAUCGCACGAAACAAAAUAACGAGUGAGUCAAAAUAGACUCAAUCUGCGUGUAUGUAUGAUUUUAUUUUCCCUUGUACUCUUUUCCUUGUCAGCAUUCAAGUGCAUAUGAAUCUACCUUCCCACUCACCAAUAACUUGCGUUAAUAUGGUCUUUUGCGUUGGCUUAGAUCGUUUCAUACUAGAAACAAAAAAAAGUCUUUGCCAUAGUGCACAUGUUAUUCUUUUAACGAUUUUAACUAUCUACCUAUAUUUUACUGCCACAAUCGAGGCUUCAAUGAUUGCUAUUUGAAUGAAAAAACGAAUGAUUUUACAGAGACACUCGCUGGCUCAAGCAAAAAGUUUCCAAUUUGAUUCUCUCACCAUCUAACGUCAUUCCGAGAGGCAAAUGAGGGAACGCAAAAUUUUCUGAAAAUAAAUGAGCGGAAUCGAGACAGUAUUUUUCCGUUCUAAUCGAGAAUGAACAUUGCGAAGAUGAUAGGUGAGAAUGUUUUCUGUCUCAAAUAAAGUGAGGCAUAAACGGAGAAUAGAAGAGUGAGUUUUAUCUGUGAAUGAGUGUUGUGUUGCCCAUACCUGUGUGUGACGUAUUAAAUAAUACGGGAAAGGGUUAUUGUUAUUUCAAUGAGAUUCGUUCGCAACGUUGUGUUGAUUGUUACUCGAGAAAUGCAUCAUCGAAACUCAUCUCUCUCCCGGAAAGUUUGACAAUGAAUGUGCACCCAAACAUCCAUGAUGUGUUCAUCUACCGUCAUCCCAGCGGAAUGGAUAUAACAAGAACAAAACAAUCAAUCUGUUUCAACCAUAAGUCGUUCAAGUCGGAAUUAAAUUAAAUUAACACAGCUGAAAGUUAAACAAAACGCAUAAUUCAUUGCACAGUCCCGUAUUGGUAUUGACUGAGAAACUGGGAAAUGACUUAUCACAAACAAAACACGAAUUUUUCUUUUAGACAAGGCUUGACAUAUUUCAGUUGUUCGAUAGUUAGUUUCAUAAAAUUUACCUUAUUUUUCAUUUUUUUUUUCACAAGCAAAACAAUUUUUCAGAAACAAUGAUGUGUGAGCAGGUUUUCGUGAUAUAGAAGCAAUGAAUUGUUUUUCUACAAUUGGCGGACGUUUUCUCGCAUUACUUUUCGCAAACAGUGCAUUAUUUUAAUAUAGUACUAGUAGGGUAGGUGGGGUAAAACGGACAUGUUAAGAAGAACUUCUCAUGUUUCCCAAAACUUUGAUGCAGUUUCUGGCAAUUCAAUAUACUGUUUCUCUACCUAAUUGGCCAAAUAUUUUACAAAAAAAAUUUCAUUUUUUUCGACGCGGGUAAUAUGGACAUGAAGUGGGGGUAAUAUGGACAGGUUUGUAAUAUAUGAAGCGUACAGGUUUAUCGAUCGCGAAAGGAAUAAUUUUAUUCAACCAAGGUCUGAACUCAUCGCGAAUGUCCGUUGAAUAAUGAAAAAAUCGAAUUAAUCCACCUAGAAGUGAUAUCGUGCUUUUCAGCAGUAUAAACGAACAGACCCUCAACUAUUUUGCUUUUGGUUCCAGUCAGCUUCUAAACAGUCCACAUUUGGCGAUUUGAUUUUCAUUUAUAGACGCAGGGUAUUCCUUAGGAACAGAUUAAACAGACUUUUCACAGUCCAUCGCAUUCCCACUGGCAAUUGUCCGUUUUACCCCACCGAUUAUUUCAAUAAUUUAAAUUUUUCACUCAAAAAUGAAUUUACUUUUCCGUACAUACCUAAUAUCGCUUCUCUGUUAACUCACAAACCGAAAUAUAACCAUCAGCGAAUUGAAUUUCGAUAUAAAACCACUCAAAAUGCUUAAUAUCGAAGCAGCUAAAAUUACAUCCACACGCGGAAUCAUGUAUGAUUUCCGGUUUUUGUUUCCCUUUUCCACUUUUGAUCAGUAUUCAUUGCCAUAGGGCGACUUCAAUAUUAUAGAAUAACAUGUAGAAGGUGUUCUCAUUAACAGAAUUCUGAAAUUCUAAAUGUAACUAUACAAAACAACCACUGUCCGUAUUACCCACGGUUUUCCUAACUAGUAAAAAUUUCUAAUGCAUUACGCCACGAUAAUCGAAUAAAGCCGAGAGCAAAACCAUGACAACUUGACGCUUUUUUUUGUUCUUGGUUCUCCUUGCCGCUUCCAUGGGCACAAUAAGGUUUUGGUUUCGUCGUCAUAACCAUAUUCACCCAUGGUUCGAAACCACUUUUAAAGAAUUUUAGAUCAUCGUUGACACCAUGCAACGGUCAAAAUUCAGCAAUUUCGGAACAAACUUCGCUGACACACAACCCAUACCCAAAACAUUACAAAAAAAAAGCAUGGCAUGAUCCAACCGAUAUGCCAAUAUCCUCAUCAACUUCCAUAAUAACGAUUGAACGAUGUUUCAAAACAAUGUUUUACUGCUUUGACGUUUAAAUUUCUUUUCAACAUGUUGGGGCAUUCAGAGCGGAGUUUAUCAUGGGCAUCUUCUCAGCCAUCUUGAAAGGGCCUAGAAGUGUUUUGGAGGACAUAAUUAAAUUUGUAAACACAAAAUCUGAAUCUCCGAGCACAGUAAAACGCGUACAACCUUGUUAUCUGUCAAAAAUGAUUCGAUACGCCAUAUCGUUGAAACAAUGUUGAAACAAUCCUUUGGAAUUGAUUGAUUUAUCUUUUGGCGAUAAACUUUUCGGAAUAGAAAUUUUGAAUUGAACGUAGUUGCGGGAUAUUGAGAGGGUUGGAAUCAUUAGAUGUCAUCGGUAUCGAUAAAAAUUUCAUUUACUCAAAUGACUUUUUUCGCGUAAUGUGAUGACGUAAAACAUUCUCUUUUUUUGCUUAUGAUAAGUCAUAAAAGAACAUUCGUGUGAGAAUCUGAAUGCUAAGGAUAGUUAGGAGAUCAUGAAGAAAUUCGCCUUCGUAUUCAAUUGGAAAUGAGUUUUGGAGUUUUGGGUUAACAUGACUCUACAGUCAUUCGGGCGUUUAGUUGCUAUCUCACCCUACGACUCGACUAUCUCGUUUUCAUUGCAUAUUGAAGUGACUCCCCCCAUGAUUUCGUUUCUCUCUCUCAUGUAUCGCGUAUACAUGUAUCGAUGUUUGAAUUCAACGUGUUUUGACAUAUCCUAUAGGUGAGCUAGAUUUUUUUUGUAUCUUACACGAAAAUUGCUCACUCAUAGCAUGCAGUGUUGUGUUCAGAAACACUGGCAAAUUUGUGAACACUGUUGAUAUAAACCCGUUUUUCUGUGUUUUUUUUUCACAAAAUCGAACUCGGAGACAAAGUGAACUAAUAUUUUGUUUAGAAUUCCUCCCAAACUGCACGCUAUUUACCAAUACUAACGCGAGGACCUUUAUACCAUACCUGGUAACUGUCUAAGUUCGUUGGUUUGAGUUCGCAAUAAGUAAAUAAUGAAGCCGUCCAUUAUUGGUGUAACUGCAUCAGAAAUCAAGUUUUCAUUGUAUUUUAUAUGGACGUUAAAAUAAGAUUGUGUACGCUGGUAACGAGAUUCGUGUCAGGGGGAAUAGUAGUGUGGGUUGAAGUCAGGUUGAAUGAAGAGGCAGAUUUGUAUUGAUUAAUCACGUCAAUUAGAAUAAUCAUUUGUUAGAACAGUUCAUCAGGCAUCCUCGCUCUUAACGCUCGUCGAUUCAUUUCUAGUCAGACGAUGAAUGCCGAAGUAUUCCUAGUCGAAGAGAAGCUACUGAGAGGAGAGUCGAUUUUCAUUUUUCAUCUUCGAAGAUUUCUGGCUCUGUGCGAAAGUUCUCUUCAGUUCCAAAAAUGAAUCAUCGGUUGUCCCAUAUCUUCUAGCUCGCGACCGAUACGAGUUCGCCAAUUCGUCUUCGAUUAUACUUCUCAGCUUCGGUCGUAAUUUUGCGUUUUUUUCUAUAGAUUUUCCUUGUUGCAAUAUCGCAAGGAUCGUGUAUAGAUCCGAUCAUGAAUAUCCUUUCAAAACAAAAUGAAAAAAACGCACGAAAAUAUCGCAUACUUUUCGUCAUAGCUAAGACAUCAUAAGUAUGGGGUAGUGUGGGCAAAUUGGUCACUGGGGGCAAAGUGGUGACCUGCUUGUUUGAUAGUAUAACUAUUAACUAUAGCUACUGUAUUGAUGGCCACUAGGGUGCCAAUGAAUGUAUGGGAAAAAAAUCGACCCUAAAAUUUCAAAAAGUUAACCUAUACAAAAUGUUCACCACCUCGAAAAAACCCCCCUUUGCCGAAUUUCAGCUCAAUCGGACUUAAGGGAGAGUGGCGCAAAGCGGUCAGAAUUUGAGUUUUUUUUUGAAAAUCGAAAAAAUCAUCCAAGGGCAGAGUAAAGAAAAUCGGGGUUUUCGAAAAAAAAUUUUUGAUGUCAAAUGUCUUAAAAUUGCAUGAAACGUCGAGAUCUAGUGUCAUUUCGAAAAAAAAAAUUGUCAAAAUUCGGCAAUCUGGGACUACGAAAUGUUGAUUUGCACGAUAAUAAACCCUAUGCAAAAUAUUAGCUCUUCCUGAUUUCAUUCACUGGUGUCACAAACGUUAAAAUUUGAGUUUUUUUGAAAAACGAAAAAUCGCCGAAAAUCGAGGUUUUCAAAAAAUAAAGUGAUGUCAAAUGUCCCAGAAUGCCGAUUUUUGACCAAAAAAAAUAUUCGAGAUGACACUAGAUCUCGACGUUUCAUGCAAUCCCCGCUUGGGUGAUUUUUCGAUUUUCAAACAAAAUUAAACUUUGACCGCUUUGCGCCACUCUCCCUUAAGUCCGAUUGAGCUGAAUUUCGUCAUAGGAUGUUUUUUCGAGAUGGUAUAAUAUUAUUUGCCUAUUUGACGCUUCAAGGCAGGAAAUGACAUGCUUUCUGUCGAAAAUGAAAUGCUUUCUGCAAUGCUAGUUUGGGUGUAGAAGAGGUGAACAGGUAUUUUGUUUAAUCUUUGCUAUUAACUCACAUAGAAAUUACUUUGAUGUUUGGGGGUAAAGUGGUCAGUAGUGGAUGAUGACUUACAAUAUUCUAUCUUAUCACAUUCUGCUCUUGAAGGGGUCCCUUUCGUGGCUUUGACCCAGGAAAAAUAUGCCACCCCAACUAAACCAAGCCUCAUUAUGCGAAACGGUAUGAGUUUCUUACUACUCUAGGUGAAUAGGCCAAGCUUAUUUUAUACAUGUCCACGCUAUUUCAAUAAUGAUUAGAACAAAUUCUGACGAAAAAAAAACGCAUAAAUCUAUCCCGUUUAGUAUGAUCUACGCGAGUGACCACUUUGUCCCCAAUAGGUGACCACUUCCACCUCCAAACAAAAAAAAAGUUCGAUUUUCACCUUUUUUUAAUGAUGAAAAAUGUACUAUUUUGAAUUUUUAUAGUAAAAGCCGUUUGCUAUCUUGAACAACAAUGGAAUAAACUAUAAUAUUCUUCGAAAAACUGGAAUUGAAGCGUUAUGUGGACGCUGGAAAUGGGCAUAUUUCUUAGGGUGACCACUAUGCCUCCACUUCCCCUACUAGUGUUGGCAGAACAAAUAUCAUCUUCGGCAGAAAAAAAAUGCUUUUUCGUGUGCUGAAGGGUGAAAUGAACAAAUAAAAGCACAUUUUUCAAGGGUUAUUCUCUAUUAUAGUGACUUUCAACACAUUUUGGCCGGUUCGUCACUUUUACUUCCAUUUUUGAAAGAAUGUCGGAAGUGAGAAUUGAACUCGCGAUCCUUAGCGUGAAAGGUAUGGAUGUUACUAGAUCGCCACCACAAUUUUCAAGAGUUUUAAAAUGUUUGUAUGAAUAGGAGCAGAUCACUCUGAUUCUCAGACUGAACGUCAGCUUGGAAUUGUACCAAAAAAAAAGUCCAAACGAUACCAAGCAAGGAUCGGACUAAGGCCGGCUGCAAUGCAACGCUGUUUUACACGACUACGCUAUCCACAUAGCGACUGGUGCUGUUGCAUAAAUACGUGAGAAUAUUACACCACAUUAUAAAAUGAAGUUUGAUCUAAAAAGCAUACAUAGAAAGUGCUUUCUAAAAGUAGAAAGAAGAGCAUAAACAUGUUGGGAAUGGCAUAUCAAAAUUCACCACGAAUCUGCGUUACCGAUGCUUAGAAAUCAAUUAAAAUGGUCAAUUUCAUUAAAUGGGACAGAUUAAAAUUCUUUUUUUUUUCGUUCAUUAUUGAAUGAGUCGGAAAACUUUUAUUGAUUCGAUGUAGGGUAGGGCCGGGCUAGUUGGUCAUAGGGGUAAAUUGACCAGUGACGAUAUCUUGAAAUCUGACCUAAUAAUUAGCGAUCUAUGGAUGAAAAAUAGCGAAUUGUCGAUGCAAUAAAAUAAGCAAUUUGGAAAAACUUUGUAUCAAGUAGGUUAAAAAAUACAAAUUUCCAACAACGGAAUUACACACUAUCGAUUAAAAAGCCGGAAGCUACCAUUCUAAGAUGAGCCAAACUUUUGAAGAUUUUUGUGUAGUUUUCAGAUAGGAAAAAGAUGAGAAUUUGAAAUUUUCAUUAAUUUGUUUUUUUACUUGACAACAUGAUAUUUGUUAACUGUUUCUGUUUUGAUUUAAUUAAUUGAUUAAUAAUGAAGGAAACCUCUAAUGGAAAAAAGGCUUAUUAUUGGAUCAAAAAGAACAUACCUAUUAAAUGAUAGACAUGUCCUAUAUACUGACCAACUUACCCCGUGUGUGGAGUUAGUUGGUCAGUAUUAUAGGACAUUCGUACUACAAAGUUAUAACCAACUAGCCCCGCCCUACCCUAUAGCUGUAUUUUCAGAAAAAAAUAAAGAACAAAUCAUUCAUCGUUUUUUAGCUUUUCUGUUAAUUGGGCCCAUAAACCGGAGCAGGCUUCAUUCAAUCACGGUUUUCGGUACCCGAUAUUCCAUCAAUUUUUCAAGUGACCGAUGUUUUUUGAUUACGUUUUCCAUGAUCUUCAACUUCAUCUGUAGUAUUGUCCGAAAGUUGUCUAUUGUUUGAGAAUACUUAAUUUCGUGUAAUUCCGAAGUCAUAGCCUGAUUUGACAUAAAAACUUCGGCUGUUUAUUCGCAUGGCACAACUUGUAGUCGAUUAGAGUAGAAGAUUAGAGUCACAAUGCGAUCAGCAUCUUUUUUUUCUAUCUCAGAUUUCGCCAAAUCGUAAUCUGAGUUGUUGGGAUUGGCCUUGAUCUGCUGGAUAACCUUCAACCGCAGUUCACGUUUAACGUCUCCAUUUCGACCCUUGAUUUGCAUUUUGUGCGCUGUUGUGAGACUAUGCGUGUAGUUUCCAUUCCCUCAAUGGUUGUUCUCAUUGGCGUGUCGAAUGAAUACAAAUCUGUCUCUCCAUUCAAUCUGAUUUCAAUCCACCAUUACUACUCCACCCCGACAUGUACCUCGUUGCCCGCGCACACAAUCUUAUUUUAACGUCCAUAUAAGGUGAAACGAAAGCUUGAUUUCAGAUGCAAAAAAUGAGUAGGUUAUAUAUAUAUCAUAUAACCGCAAGGUUGACGUGGGACUAUCGUUGGCUUAGUAAUCGUGUGUUUUUUUUUAUCCCAUUUAUUUAUUUAAGGCUCAUUAGCAUUUUAGAUGUAACAGAGCCGAAUUUUAAUCGUGUACAUGUCACAUGGUUAUCAUAUCUAUAAUUAGCACAUUACACAGUAGUCAUUCGCCAGUAUUCCUGCUAUACCAUUACAUAUGGUACAUUCACACAGUACCCAUUUAGGCGUAAGAGUAUUCUUUCUGUUCUUCCAUUAUCCAAUCCAGUUGGACCACCGGACAGCGGAGACAGUUGAUUGAUCAUUGUUGAGUUAUUUAUAGAACAGCAGCCCGAUGUGUCUUGCAGAGCAGAGCAGUUGUAUGGAUGAAUCGAUCUUAUUUCGACCGUGGAUCGAUCUCCAUCGCUGAUGAUUGUUGCGUGGACGUAGCUAUUCUGUAACAACACAAAGAUGGUCAAUGAGGGCCCUGAGUUUUGAACUCACGAUCGAUCGCUUACUAAGCGAACGCGCAACCAAUGUGGCUACGGAGACCCCCUAAUCGUGUGUUUGUAUUGAUUAAAUUUUUGGUUGAAUGAAACAAUUUUCCAAUUCAAUUGAAUUCAACAUAUUUGCUGUGUAAGUAAUGAAUUUGAACAAACGCCAUGUAGUAUAAGGCACCUUGGGUCUGAUGGCUGUAUUAGGGAACACAUUUCGGAGAAAACAAAAGUUCCACCAACUUUCAUGUAUUUUCAAUGGCAAUUUCUCCAGGCACCUUGGUUGAGAUGGCUGUGUUAAGGAACAUAUUUCCUUAACACAGCCAACAAAAAUUCCCCCAAUUUGCAUGUAUCUGCAAAGCAAUCCGCUUCCCCAGGCACAUUGAUUUUGAUGGCUGUGCCAAAGAACAUAUUCAAAUAUUUCCUAUGAAUUGAUGCAAACAUCUUUCCGAACUACAGGGUAACAUCGAUAUAACGUACAUUUCGCUUUCAAAAUUGUACGUUGUAUAGAAUUGUACGUUAUAUCGAAGCAUAAUAAAGUACUUAGAAAUGUAGCCUAUAUUACUUUAUUAUGUUGCUGUUUAGGUAAGGUCAAUGAAUAAAUUCAAUCAGAUGACGAAACCAGCCUUUCUCAUGAUGUUUCCCUUCGUACUGUUAAUGAAGGCUUGGUUCAUUUAGAAUCCGGAAUCACAAAACCAGUUCUAUUUCGGGAUUGAUUGAAGGUACAAAACAUGUUUUAGCACCAAAUACAGAUAAUUUAUUGUACUUUCAGAAACAAAAAUUCAAAAAAAUAUUACUCUACUUUUUGAAAAUGUGUACGUUAUAUCGAUUGACGUUAUAUCGAGGGUACGUUAUAUCGAAGUUCCCCUGUAUUAAGAAAUGUUCAAGUUUUAAGCAUUCAAAAUCUUUAAAUUUUUCCUGCAUGUUCUGUGUUUAGGUUUUCAUUUUACCCCCAUAUAUUACGGUUAGAAAUAGUCCCACAUCAAUUUGCAAAUGAGAAAGAGAAAUGAAUUCAGCCUGCAAUGUUGGUUGAAUAAUUCAGUUGAUUGAGAUAUUCGGGGAUUCGGAUUCGAUUUUUGUUCUGGCCGGUGGAUUUUUCGAAAUCUCCUUCGACUUGUACUGGUACACGCAUAUUCUCGAGCUUGCCACUCAGAAUACAGUCAAGACGUGUUAUUUUACAUAUAUAAUCAGUAGAGUGGAAGCCCAAUUAGCCGCGGAAUAGGGUGGGUAGGUCACCGCAGAUAGCGCAAUACAGUUUAUUUUAACACAGUUUACUUUGUUUGAUUUUUUUAUAUUUUGACAACUAAAUAUCACACUGGUUAAAAUAAUCGGUUUGGUAGAAAUUGGUAUAUAAAAACUGUCGGUAGUUCCAGUGCUAAAAUUGGAUUUCUUGAAAUUUUUAUCAGUUUUGUGAAACUUGCAUUCGCGGAACAUCGGUGCCCUGGUGUACUAAUUAAAUAAUGCAAUGAUUAUCGACACUUGAUAAGAAUCUCAUUCAAAUAAAGAUAGUUACCAUUCAUCUAAUCAAGGCGAUGUGCAUAAUCUAAUUUUCAAAAUUUCAAUUUUUACUUGCCCGAAUGAACAUGUGGACAUCACCCCGCCCCACAGUAGAUCUAAUAAAUCGUCAAAUUGAAAGUUUGUAAAUAUAUAUAUAAAUUCGUAAAACCACUCGAUGUACUAAUUUCGUGUUUCACUAAAAAAACUGUGUACGCAUAGUCUAAAAUCAUCAGUGUUCUUUUCGAGCAUGCCUGAUCAAGGGACCACUCUUUUAAGUUUCGCCAUUGCUCAAGCUUUCACCUUUCCGAAAACUUUCACCACCCUCUCAAAUCCUCGCAAAUGUAGACAGAGCAGCUGUGGACACUAGGAGGUAUCGCUGAGUGAAAUGGUCAAUCGAGCAAUGGUGAUGAAGCUUAGCGGUAAGGUACCAUUAUCAGCUGAAUUUGGGAUCAUAGCUUUAUAAUGAUAGACUUAAGUAUUGGAUCGAUACCAUAUCGUCCGUCAAAUAGUCCCUCGUAUCUCUCGUAACGCCUGAACCAAUUUUCCUAGAAUGAAACCCACUGAAAAUGAUUGUGACUUAGUGAGUCAUAUGAAGUAAACCGAAAUAGUGAGAGGCUCUCACUGACUUUGAAAAUUACUAUUCAAUAAGUCUUCGUAGCCCAGGGAGGAAAGAGUUUCAGUAGGCAGAAAUCCCACUAUUCUAUAAACUGUAAAAAAGGAUGUAAAUAGACUCAAGUAAAAUAAUGAAUAUUACUGGAAUUGCACCCUCUGGUAGGGAUGACACGAUAAAAAAAUAAUCUAAAGAUGAUGGUUUUCCGCACCAGACCAACUGGAGACAUCUGUACUGCAUAUACUUUACGUUGUUGGAAAAUAAAAACCGCCAAGCAAAAGAUAGCAAACAAGAAGACUCACCUUUGUAAAACAAACUUGUAAAACUUUACACAAGCGCAGAAACUAUGUUUCCUGUACAGUGGCCCUACUUCCAUGCAUCUGUGCUGGAAAGAUAGAGAAACCAAACCUUAGCACUGUGUAUGAAAUCGCAUUGAAGAAAAUGCUCUCAGUAGUAAGAGUUUGUACUGCAACGUUGUAAACACAAAAUCCACACUAGAUUGUCAAAAGAUAGUAUUUUGAUUGAGAUCAGAAAGAUGACAUAAUUAGGGAAAAUGUAGGUAUAAAUGUGUGAUUAUCAUUCAUAUACCGGAGAACAGUUCAAGAGUGAGGCUGAAGGAAAUGGAUACUUUGUGUAAUAAAUGAAAAGUUGAAAAUAUUAGCGUCUAUUUGUAUA